UCUCCGGGCGCUCACGGAGCUUCUCUUGCAGUGGGGGUCGGCGAAGCGGCCAAUUUCGCUGCCUACGCCUUUGCGCCCGCGACGCUGGUGACGCCGCUGGGCGCGCUCAGCGUCCUGGUGAGCGCGGUGUUGUCUUCCGUGUUCCUGAGUGAGCAGCUGAAUGUGCACGGGAAGGUGGGCUGCAUGCUGAGUAUCCUGGGCUCCACGGUGAUGGUUAUCCACGCCCCGCAGGAGGAGGAGGUCUCCAGCCUGGAGUCCAUGGCAGAGAAGCUGAAAGAUCCAGGGUUCAUCGUGUUUGCAGUGUGCGUGCURGUGAGCUCCCUUCUCCUCAUCUUUGUGGCCGGCCCCCGCUACGGACGGAGCAACGUCCUGGUUUAYGUCUUGGUCUGCUCUGCCAUCGGCUCGCUCUCCGUGUCCUGCGUCAAGGGCUUGGGSAUCGCCCUGAAGGAACUGUUCGCUGGGAAGCCAGUCCUGAAGGAGCCGCUGGGCUGGGUGCUCCUGCUUUGCCUCGUCGUCUGCAUCAGCGUCCAGAUCAACUACCUGAACAAAGCCUUGGACAUCUUCAGCACGUCGGUGGUCACUCCCGUUUACUACGUGCUGUUCACCACGGCCGUCAUGACRUGUUCCGCCAUCCUCUUCAAGGAGUGGCAGCACAUGGUGCUGGACAACGUGGUGGGCACCAUCAGCGGCUUCCUCACCAUCGUGUGCGGCAUCUUCCUCCUGCACGCCUUCCGGGACGUGGCCUUCGCGCCCGACCUCCUGCCCCUCUUCCUGCAGCCGAGCAGGGCAGAGCUGCACGCGGCCUGGAGGAGCGGGGACAGGCACCGCGCCUGCCAGCACCGGCCUCUCCUGCCCGCCGAGGAGGAAGAUGAGGAGGAGGAAGAUGUGUGAGGAAGCCCCUGAGCUGCCCUCUCUGCCUGCACCAUUGCACAGCUCUGCAAAGCSAGCUCGAUGCAGCCCCGCUGCUGUUGCCUGCUGUGCCCGGGGGGGUUGGUUCCCUGCCCCCCAACCCGGGCGCGCGACCCGGGACCUGCCAGUACCCCAGAGGUGCCGGCCCGGCCCGCGCGGCGCCCGGUUCCUCUUCGCCGCCGCCUUACUGGAAUAACGAGGCCGCCCUCGCGGGACACGGCCCUGCCCGYGCGCAGGGCUGCAGCACUAACGCAGUGCUAACCCCUACUGAAUGUAGACAGCCAACCCUGGGGGAGGCAUCAAGGCUUUUUCUUCUUUAAAAGGUUAGAUUAACAGUUACAAAAUCUAACAUGGUGCUAAGAUUACAUGGAGAGAAGAUGGGUACAGUGGUCUUAAGCAUAACAUACCCACAGUAUUGGUUCACAAAUCCUCUGUAAAGGACUUAUCUGCUCACUUUGCCAGAGUUUAUUUACAGAUUCACAGCCAAGAACAGAACACAGCCCAAUCUGGAAAACUCUCCUGGUGCUGCCACAUGCUGCCGUGGCUCUUCUGGAGGCAGCAGCCUCUUCAUGCAACUCGCCUCUUGUGCAGGUAGAUGA